CUAUUUCAACUCUGAUUCGCACCUUUUCACUUUUAAAGAGACAGAGAAAGAGAAGGAAAGGCCCUCAGCCUCAGCACAACAACUCCCAUCAAUCUCUACUCUUUUAUCAAACAUCAUUUCUUGAUGCACUUUCUUCUGCUACUUCAUUCUCAUCCUCUGAGGGUCGCUGCGCGUACUCCUCACGCGCUGCCUUCCUCCUGGUACUACCGCUGCCUCGGCCUUGAUCCUUAGAAACAAAUCCCUCUCUGGCUGUCUCUACAAUCUCCCUAUCUAUUUUUUCUUCUUCGUUUGUUGAAAAAAAAUGUCGAAGAAGAAGAUGGGGGUGGAGUUUCAGUCUCUGUCUCAUUCUCAGUCUCAGACUCAGAAGAAGAGGUUGCUGAUAACGGUGAAUGUGCUGGGAAGCGCAGGGCCGAUGAGGUUCGUGGUGAAUGAGGAGGAUCUCGUUGGUUCUGUGAUUGACUAUGCUCUUAAAUCUUAUGCUCGAGAGGGACGACUCCCCAUUCUUGGUACGGACUCCGACCAUUUCUUUCUCUACUGCGCCAACUCGGGAUCUGAUCCAUUAAAUCCUUCGGCAAAGAUAGGAAGUGGAGUGAGGAAUUUUAUGCUUUGCAAGAAGCAGAGGCAGCUGCUUCAGCUGACAGAUAGGAAGUCAUCGGACCUGAUUGCUCAGAAGGGAAUCAGUUGCUGGAAGGCCUGGCUUAAUAAUCCCUUUACUUCGAAGUUGAUGUCCCACUGAGAUUUAUAUAUAAAUCAUCUCAAUACUUUCAUCCCUAAUUGAAAAUUCCAUUCUCACACGUUGCAUGAUGAAAGAGUAAUAUAAUGACAAUAAUACUAAUUCUGUGAGACAAUAUAUUGUAUGUUCUCCUUGAAUAAUCUUAAUCUCUUUCCUUACAAUGCUAAUGGAAUCUUUUGGUUUUUA